UUUUUUUUAUUCUGUGAUUGUGCACAUAGCUAGUUGAGAGUGAGAAUCGGGUCAUAGGUAAGCAGCCUCAGGUGUAUACUGACCAGUAUUUGAUGACAAUUUCAUCAGGUGAAUCACAUGCUUGACUGAUGAUCGAUUCAAAUGAAUUCACUGGACAUCAUCAAAUGAAUAAAGCCGUUCCAUCUGAUGUACUGAUUUCGGAUUAAUGUAAUGUAAUUGAUUUGGGUUGAUACUCAACAAGCCAGAGUUUUACCAACGAUAUCAAUUUUAUCUUAGUUAGUAUUUAGUAAAUUGGGAAUUAUUUCACUGAAUGCACUGAGAUAUUCAACAGCCAAGAAAAUGCCAAGGAAGUUGACCCCCAUUCUUUUAACUCUGAGUGCAGGCAUCAUUUUGUUGAGCCAGAUUUGUCAGGCACAUGCACAGGCUGGUAAGUUUACCCAGGACCCUAAAUGUGGAAGCACCAAAGGUUGCUACACUGACUGUGCACAAAGCUGCACCUUUGAAGUGGCGUGGGAGGAUAAAGGUACAGCUGUGACCUUCACCAUUAGGUAUGACCUUGAGUCUAAGACAGAUGUGUGGGCUGCUAUCGGAAUAUCAGAGGAUAUGAAAAUGGGCAGUGAUAAUGUUGUGGAAUGCCAUUAUGAAUCGGGAACUGUGAUAGCAAUGAGAUCACAAAAUACUGGCAAAAUGAAUAUUGCAGCUGAGCAGACAGGCCUUCAGCAGACACAGGGCUCAGUAGCUGAUGGCGUCCUCACCUGUGGCUUUGAUUUACAGAAAUCAGCCAUUAAUCUGGAUGCUGAUUCAUACCUUUUCUUUGCCAAUGGGCCGAUUUUUCCAAAGCAAAUCAAUGGUAAAAGUAUGCACUCCCACAUCCCCAAGAUCUCCCCCAGCAUGGUCGACUUCCAGUCAGCCCAGGUGAUCGGGGGGACCGCCAUCCAGCUCCUGAUUAAGGUGCAUGGGUUACUGAUGAUAACGGCCUGGAUUGCCUUUGCAAGUAUUGGGGUGGUGCUGGCCAGGUAUUAUAAACCUAUGUGGGCAGAAAGGAAAUUACUGGGGGAGAAGGUCUGGUUUCAGAUACAUCGCACCCUGAUGAUCCUGACUCUGUUGUUUGUGAUAUCUGCCUUUGUGGUCAUCUUUGUUCAUGCAGAAGGAUGGAGCCGGUUUACAGAUGACGAGGAAUACAAGAAAGCACAUCCAUACCUUGGGGUCAUUGUCACAGCCUUGACCUUUAUCAAUCCCUUAAUGGCCUUGUUUCGCCCCCACCCUGAUGACCAGUACAGAUUUGUGUUUAACUGGGCUCAUUGGUUUGUUGGGACUGUUGCUCGGAUUCUGGCAGUGAUAACUAUUUUUAUUGGAGUGACUUUGUCAGAAGCUGGAGCACCAGAAUAUGUGAUAUAUAUCCUGGCAGCCUAUGUGGCCUACCAGCUAUUUAUAGAACUGGUCAUGGAGUUUCAUGAAUGCUGUGUUGUCAGGGCAAAUACUGGUAAAGGAACGGCCUAUGAAAUGAAGAAUAUAUCAGACCCUGGUUCAGAAACCCCAGCAGCUGUUAACAGGGGAAGGAAAUUCAAGAAUGUUAUGAUUGGACUUCACACAGUGGUGAUUGCUGGCUUUACAGUGGCUAUUCUGGUCAGUGUGGCUUAGCUUUACACUGGCUAUUCUGAUCAGCGCAGGUUACAUGUAGCUUUACACUGGCUAUUGUGGCCAGUGUAGCUUAGGUUUACACUGGCUAUUGUGGCCUGUGUGGCUUAGCUUUACUCUGGCUUAUCUUAAACGUGGCUUAAAGGUCGUGAGGAAAGGAAAAUACUAAAAUCAAAGCUGUGACUCAUGUGUACAGCAUUUAUAUGACAACGAAAUAAUUUUAAAGAAUUAGUGAUUUAUCUUUUCCUCUUUUCUUUUUAAAUCUUUUAAAAUGUCAUGGAUAUAUUUUGCAAAUGUAUAUUUUGAAAAAUCUUCUGGUGACUUUAUUUUUGAUAUAAGAUAUGAUCUUUCAAUAUUUGCUACCAUGUUGUAGACUUAUGGGUAAAUAUCUGAUACUGUUAUUUCUCAAUGGAAUUAGUUAUUCAAGAAAUUAUUUUUUUACACAGGGUAUUAUUUGUGAAUCAUGUAUACAAAGUUCUUCACAGAUUGGUGCAAUAUUUAAGUUAAUUUGUGCUAAUGUUAUAUGAAUUUUUGUUUAUUAUGUCCCUACCCAAGAGAAAUCCCUUGCAAAUGCCAACUAGUUUUGAAAACCAAGUCCCUUAACUCACAUACCAUUUUUUCUUCUGUCUAAUUUUUCUGACAGGGUUAUCAUUCCUUCAAGGGAUUUAUAGAUUAACCUUCGAUGACUUUUAUAUAUAAAAACGUUUUUUUUUCAGCAAACUUUUUGUGUGGGUUUUUUUGGUAUUAGGAAAACCAAGAGUUUUUUUCAGUUACUUACAUGUAGUUUUAUGAACUUUUGAUAUUCACAUCGCAUAAUAUCUCAAUGUUUACUUUUUCAUCCGCUGCUGUUUUUCUCAAUGUUUACUUUUUCCUAUAUGGUUGUAUUUCUCAGAUAUUUACUUUACAAAGCUUUUUGAUUUGUCAUAAUAAUAAACUCCUACCUCAUUAUUAAUGAGAACGGUUGUGACUCAAGUGGAAUGAAUAGAUCUUCAAUCUCGUAUUUACUUGAGUUUAUACAGUUAUUCAGUUUAUCUUCACAUACACUGAUAUUGUAGUUUAUAAUAUUAAAACUAUGCAAUAUACAAAAUUUUAAAACUAAAUUCAUUCAGUGAUAUUUGUUUAAAAUGUACAUAUGAUAUAUGAUGAGUAUUUGUUAUUUGAUAUAUAUUUUAAUUAGUUGUGCCUUGCUGAUCAAGUAUAUUUAAUCUUUAUACAUGUAUUUUGUAUUAGUUAGAUUGUUAAUUAUCAAAUAAAGUAGAUUCAAAUUCAUAUA